GUCGGACCGGCCAGGAUGAGGGUGCCGUCGGUGGCGGCGGGGCUGCUUGCCCUUCUGCUGCUGAGGGUCGCGGGGGCCGCAGUGCCCGCCGCGCCGCGCGCCCGCGCGGCCCGGGUGGCGCGCUGGGAGGGCAUGCUGCUGCACCUGGCGGCCACGCUGCGCGCCAACCGAGCGCUGUCCGCCAUCCACUUCGUGUGCAGGUCGGGGGACCAGUGCAUCUCCACGACGGCGCUACAGAGGCUGGACAGGCGGAUGACGGUCGGCUACACGCAGACCGUGGCCGAGGUGCUGCCCGACGAGUGGCCCUCGGCGCCCCGCAGCUUGUACGUCCUCGUCGACCUGGACUGCCGUGCCUUGCUCAACGCCACGAAGCACGCCGACGACGUGGUGCUGCUCGUGACCGGCGGGACUCAGGAGGAGUUUCAGACCCAAGGCAGCAGGGUCCUGGAGACGUGCUGGCAGUCCGACCUUCUCAAAGUGCUCGCAGUGCAGAGGAAAGACAGUGGGGAGACCGGUCUGCGGAUGUACACGUACUGGCCGUACUACCCGGAGCACUGCCACGACUUGCGGCCGCACCUGGUGGCGCUGUGGACGCCGGCCACUCCGCACCGCCCCGAGGCCUUCGGGCUGCUGCCCAAGGACCGCGACCUGGGUGGGUGCCCGCUCAGGGUGACGACCUUCAAGGCGAGGCCCUGGACGGAGAUCAUCCCCGUCAACGGGAGCCGCAUACUGCUGCACACCGGCACCUUCAAGCCGCUUAUUCUCACCCUGGCGCGCUACCUCAACUUCACCCCGACCUUCUACUUACCUCUCGACGGCAAGAUCUUUGGACGCUCCGAUGACUUCCCCAAGUCUGGUGGCAUCCUGGGCGAUCUCUACUUUAACCGUUCUGAUCUCGGGCUGAUGUUCACCGGCGCAGACCUAAAGCUGCCGUAUCACGCGCGCCCCGCUACGGCCCAGGUCAGCUGUACGACGUGGUGCCUGCCCACGGGCUUCAACACGCGCUCGCCCUGGCGCCUCAUCAUCGGCGAGUUCACCACGGAAGCCUGGGGCGCCGUCCUGGUCUCCUACCUGGUGGCCAUCCUCUCGUACCGCCUGCUGCUGCCCAACAGGACCUUCCGGGAGACGUGGCUCACCGCGCUGCAGGGCCUCAUCUCCGGCAUCAGCCCCAUUCCCGAGAGCGCGGCCUCCAGAGUGUUCAUCUUCUGCUGGUCCUUCGCCGGGCUGGUGCUGGGCACGCUCUACAUGGCGGCGCUGCACCGCAUCACUACCACCGAAACCGACGACACCGUGUUCCACUCGGUGACCGACCUGGCCGACUCCGAACUCCCCAUGUUCGCGACGACCGAGCACGUCGCGGCCUACAAGAAGGCGCAGUUCGACACGGCGAGCGAGCAGCGGCUGUGGCGGCGCGCGGUCACCUUCAACUACGACCAGGUGCUGCCCGUGUUCGGGCGCCUCUUCGCGCGCCGCGACCUGGCCGUGCUCAUGGACCGCAACCAGUGCCGCUCGUACUCCAUCACGUUCACCGCGCGCAGCUCGGCGCCCGCCUACCACAUGAUCCGCAACUACUGCCUGGCCGUGAGCCCCGCCUACAACCUCAUCCUGCGCCAGGGCUCACCGCUGCUCCGCGCCUUCACCAAGGCCACCGCGCGUCUGGACGAGGCGGGAAUCACCAACUUCUGGUUCGACUUCAAGGAGAUGCAGUACACCGCCACGCUAGAUCCUGUGCUGCGGAUGCGCCAGCUCGUGCCUUUCCUCAAGAUGCUGGGAAUUGGCUGCGCGGCGGGCCUCGUCAUGUUCAUCCUGGAGCUGGUGUGGUUCGGCUGCUCGAAAUGCGGCACGAAACUCGGCCCCAGAACGCGCCCGCAGGAGAUCGAGCAAGAGCACGAGAGAGGGCGGCUUCGCGGCGACAGGCUCCCGGGACGGCCAUCGAGGUGGCCGUCACCACCCUCGGUCAACGGGGAGAGCGACUCGGACAUGCGGCACCACAUGCACCCCGAGGUCUACCGCCAGCUACUCGAGGAGCGCCGCAGGGUGACCGAGCAGAUCGUACAGGACCUACGCGCCCGAGCCCGAGCCAGAGCCGGCCCCGGGCACUGGGACCGCUACGGGGGCGCCUACCUGCGAAAGGGGCAGCCCGGCGAGCCCGACUUUAUGUACUACUGACGUUACGUUACGUUUUUCAGUGUACAAUAAAUAGCCGACUGUGCGUCAAUCGGUCGAGUUAUCUCUCGUGCAGGGCGAUCGAUACCUGUUGCAC